UUUACAUUUCUGUAUUCAUUAACAGACGACACGUCGUACUUUUUAUCCGUUUAGAGUUAUGUAAAACAGGUAAGUUCCUGUUGUCACUUACGUUAUAGCAGCUAUAAACACUUGUUCUCUCAGCAAUCUCUCUUUAUUCUCUCUCUUGAUGUUAAUAAGACAAAAUAAACACAGCUUGUUACGCAUGAAACCACAAAGAAGCGUAAACUCCUCUGUCCUGAAGACGUCGGAAAACUUUCGGAAAAGUUCCAGCUUUACCUCUGACUGUUACAAAGCGCUUGCACUGGAGACUCCUUCCAUAAAUGUUACAUAAAAUGUCUUCCCUUUACAGAAAACUUCACCACAUCAACAGUUUGUUUAUGAGGAGCGUCUGCCGCACAAGUCUCUGUGAAUGAGCUGUUGCUAUAGAAACGAUAACGUAUCAGAACGAGCGCAUUAAUAUAAACCUGCGCUACUGUCAGAGCUGCUGCUAUAGAAAACUAAUCAACACCUUCUGCGUGUGUGUGAGAGUCCUUUAGUCACCAGCAGUGUAGAUACAGAACAGUGGACACAACAGUGGAGAUAAAGCCGAUGCUAACAUGGUGCUAGUCAGGACUUUCUAGGAUUUGAAAGCUUGUGAGUUUUGCAAACAUUUUGCGAUAUGCACGUCUGCGAGAUACUCAAGGUCACUCAAGGUCAAACACACUGGCAGCGAUCUAAACCCCCCAAGGUCAGUGCGGCUGGUGUGUGAGAGUCUUAACUCUUGUUUUGACGUGAGGACGAGCCGUGACCUGAGCUGACUUGUAUAAAACAGCGUGAGAACACGCGGAGCUGCAGGUGAGAGACAGAACCCGUUCCCCGGUUCCCAUGGCAGCACACGUGUUCCCGAUGUGUGAGCGCGGGCUGAAGCCGGUGCGUUUCAGCGAGACCGUCAUGGAGAUUUUACUGCACGAGGCUCGGAACGGGACGAACCCACGGUACGAGAACCCGCGUGUGGUUACGCUGGUCCUGCUGCUGUGUCUGGUUCUGCUGCUCGCUGUGUGGAACCGCAACGAGAAAAAGUGCUCCAUUCCAGGUCCUUCGUUUUGUCUGGGGUUGGGUCCCCUGAUGUCCUACUGCAGGUUUAUGUGGAUGGGAAUCGGGACAGCGAGUAAUUACUAUAAUGAGAAGUACGGGGACAUGGUGCGAGUGUGGAUCAGCGGAGAGGAGACGCUCGUCCUCAGCAGGCCGUCGGCGGUGUAUCACGUGUUGAAACACUCGCAGUACACGUCGCGGUUUGGGAGUAAACUGGGGCUGCAGUGUAUCGGCAUGCACGAGCAGGGGAUCAUCUUCAACUCCAACGUCACGCUGUGGAAGAAAGUGCGUACGUACUUCGCUAAAGCUCUAACCGGUCCCGCGCUGCAGAGGACGUUGGAAAUCUGCACCACGUCCACAAACACACACCUGGACGCUCUGUCUCGGCUGACGGACGCUCGGGGACAGGUGGACGUCCUGAACCUGCUGCGCUGCAUCGUAGUGGACAUUUCCAACCGCCUCUUCCUGGAUGUGCCUCUGAACGAACAGAACCUGCUUUCCAAAAUCCACAGGUACUUUGACACGUGGCAGACGGUGUUAAUCAAACCGGACUUCUACUUCAGUCUGAAGUGGCUGCAAGACAAACACAGAAACGCUGCUCAGGAGCUUCAUGAUGCCAUUGAGGAUCUGAUAGAACAGAAACGAACUGAACUGCAGCAGGCUGAAAAACUCGACAACCUGAACUUCACUGAGGAACUGAUAUUCUCCCAGAGUCACGGUGAGAUGACGGCGGAGAACGUGAGGCAGUGUGUGUUGGAGAUGGUGAUCGCGGCUCCGGACACUUUGUCCGUCAGUGUUUUCUUCAUGCUGCUGCUGCUGAAACAGAACGCUGAGGUGGAGCGACGCAUCCUUACUGAGAUACACACUGUGUUGGGUGAGUUUAUACACACACACACACGCACACGCACACACACACGUACACGUACACACACACACGUACACGCACACACACACGCUCACACACACGUACACGCAUGCACACACGCUCACACACACGCAGCUCUGAAUGUAUGUAUGUAUCUAUGUGUGUGUGCGUGUGCAUGUGUGUGUGUGUGUGUGUGUGUGUGUGUGUGUGUGUGUGUGCGCGCAUGUGUGUGUGUAACAGGUGGAGCAGAGCUGCAGCACUCUCAUCUCUCUCAGCUUCAUGUUCUGGAGUGUUUCAUUAACGAGGCUCUGCGCUUUCACCCCGUGGUGGACUUCAGCAUGCGCCGGGCGCUGGAUGAUGAUGUCAUCGAGGGCUACAGGGUGCCAAGAGGGACAAACAUCAUCCUAAAUGUGGGGCGAAUGCACAGGUCUGAGUUUUUCCCCAAACCCACAGAGUUCAGCCUCGACAACUUCAACAAACCUGUCCCCAGUCGUUUUUUCCAGCCAUUCGGUUCCGGUCCUCGUUCCUGUGUUGGUAAACACGUUGCCAUGGUGAUGAUGAAGGCCGUGUUGGUGAUGGUGUUGUCUCGUUUCUCCGUGUGUCCUGAGGAAAGCUGCACCGUGGAGAACAUCGCACACACCAACGACCUCUCACAGCAACCUGUGGAGGACAAACACACACUGAGCGUACGCUUCAUCCCCCGUAACACACACACGAGAAACCACAAAGAAGCCUAAACUCCUCUGUCCUGGAGGUGUCGGGAAACUUAUUCAAAAAUUUCCAGCUUUACCUCUGACUGUUACACAGCGCUGACACUGGAGACUCCUUCCAUAAACACUCCAUAAACAUCUCCUUACAGGAAACUUCACCACAACAAUGAGUUCUUUAUCCGUGUGUGUGGAGCGGAGAAGAAACGCGGAUCAUAAAUACAGUGUAAACGGUGAUGAGGUUAGAGAUUAAGUGAGAAAAUGAAGAAGACGGAGUAUGGAAUUGUUCUAAAUAUUUAUAAUACUAUAUUAUUUAUAAUUAUUAUUUAUAUUAUAUUUACUAUAAUUAUUUAUAAGACAUUAUAUUAAUAAGAUUUGUAUUAUACAUAUUUGCUUUAUUUUUUAAUUCUCAUUUUAUCUGUAUAUUCACUGCCUCAGUAAAAGUAUACAUUUAUCAGCUGUCCUUUCACUUUCUCCAUUUCUCCAUGAAAGUAAAGAAAUUCAUUUGUUAUAUAUUUACAGUACUGUGCAAAAGUCUUGGCACCCUAUUUUCUUUAGAACAAACUUUGUUAUAGAUGUUUAUUUUCUGGCUUCUACAUUAUUGAUUCAGAACAAAACCAUUUUAGAUUCCAAACAUUAGUUUUCCGGCACAAAGUGAAACGUUACAGAAAAAUGUUUGUAUGCCAGUAAAGAAAGCAGCAGAUUCCAUAAGAGACACUUUUCAGAUAAAAACAUAAUGAAGGCUGCUGGGUUUCGCUGCAGAAAUAAGAAGCGAGUCGACAGUCAAAGUCUCCAGAAGAACUGUGGCUGCUUCUGCAAGAUGCUCAGUAACACUUCCAGCUCAUUUCCUUAUAAAACUGCACACACUGCACCUCAGAUACUGCUUUAUUUAUUUAAAGUGAAGGAUCGUCACAUUAAAUACUGACUUUGUUUCAUUUAUUACUGUUUACUGCUCUUUAUAGGAUUUUUUUUAAUGUAGAAACAUUUAAUUUCAUUAUUUUUGAAGGCGUCUUUGCUCUACAGCGUUUCUUUGCAUCUGCCUAAGACUUUUGCACAGAACUGUGUAUAUAUAAGUUCAUGUAAAACUCUGGUCUGAACUGUGAUCAUGUCAUAAAAAUAUUUCAUAAAAUAUUGUGAAAUGGUUCUGUAUUUCAUUUUAUGCAGUUGAAUC